CAGCGGCGGUGAUGACGUCGCCUGCGCUAUGUGAAUGCGGCGCGCGAGCUCUGAUGAGGUUUGCGGAUGUUUCUGCGUGUGCACGCGCGUCGCUCAGCUGACAGACUCACAGCAAGGUUGCAGUAGCAGCAGCGGGCCGAGUGGGUGGACUGUCCCAGGCUAUCAUGGAUGACAGCUCCUCUCUGGGCAGAGUGAGCGGCUCAACUGAAUCUGUGUCAACCGUCACCAGUGAGGAGUUUGUACUUGUGCCGCCCACCGCUGGAGGUUCCCCCUCCAGCUCAGAGGGGAGGCCCAGACUCAAGAUGUCGUGGAAUGGAAGUGAGCAGUUGGAGCGGGCGAUGGAGGAGGUGUUAGAUGAUGUUGGUGAUGGACCAAAAGCUGCAGAAGAGAAAGAAAGUCCUAUAGCGCUCAGCUCUCAGAACAGACCGCCCAGCCCAACUCUGGACACAGCCCCCAAUGAAGUAUCAGCAGCUGUUUUGGAGAGUGUGACAGGACAUGAGGAAGAAGACAGUGUGCAGUUCAGUAAACUGUCCUAUCUCGGCUGCACCUGGGUGAAAGCCCCUCGUAACGAGACGGAGGCCCAGAAAGCCAUGGCUACCCUGCGGGCAGAGAGCCCCAACCCCAUCCCCAUCACCCUCCAUGUGCCCAACGGCCCAGACGGUUGUGUCCGGAUCGUCGACCAGGCCACAGGAACAGAAAUCGCAUCUUUUCCCAUCUACAAGGUGUUGUUCUGUGCACGAGGACACGAGGGAUCUGACGAGAGCGACUGCUUUUCCUUCACCGAGAGCUACCGCAGCUCAGAGGACUUUCAAAUCCACGUCUUCUCCUGCCAGAUCAAAGAGGCUGUUAGUCGCAUCCUCUAUAGCUUCUCAACGGCCUUCAAGCGAUCUUCAAAAGCUGCCACAGACAUGCAAGACUCAGUGUUGCCACUUUCCCCCGAUAGCGACGUCUUCACCUUCACCGUUUCUCUAGAAGUGAGAGAAGAUGACGGCAAAGGAAACUUCAGUCCAGUUCCCAAAGACAGAGAUAAAUAUUACUUCAAGCUGCGGCAGGGUGUACCUAAAAAAGUGUCUGUUACUGUCCAGCAGAUGUCCAACCAGGAGCUGGUAAUAGAGAGGUGCUUUGGGAUGCUGCUGAGUCCUGGUCAGAAAGUUCGUAACAGCGACAUGCACCUCCUCGACAUGGAGUCUAUGGGCAAGAGUGCCGAUGGGAAGGCGUAUGUGAUCACUGGCACCUGGAAUCCGAACACUCCGGCUUUCCAGCCACUGAACGAGGACACGCCGAAAGAUAAGCAGGUUUACAUGACUGUGGCAGUGGACCUUGUGGUGACUGAGGUUGUAGAACCUGUUCGGUUCCUUAUGGAGGCGCUAGUGCGGGUCUAUCCGGCUAAUGAGAGGUUCUGGUAUUUCAGCAGGAAGGCCUUCUCUGAAACGUUUUACCUCAAGCUCAAACAGGGCACUGUGAAGGGCAGCCAGGGAGAUGCCAUUUAUGAAGUGGUCAGCCUGCAGAAACACACAGAAUGUGCGGCUGGAACUCGUGGCCUCCUGCAGUCUUCCACGGAGGAAGAGGAACCAGAGGAAGAUAGCGACAGUGAGAUCUAUAGUGGGACAGGAGACGUAUCAAAGGACUGUCCCGAGAUGAUUCUGGAAUCCUGGGCAGGGAUCCUCAAGAGAUGGCAAGGAAACCUGUUGGUGCGACCAAAGGGUCUGUCUGCUCUGGUGAAGCCUGGGAUCCCAGAGGCCUUACGAGCUGAAGUAUGGCAGCUCCUGUCUGGCUGCCACAACGAUCAGGCUUUGCUAGAGCAAUACCGAAUCCUCAUCACCAAGGACUCUGCCCAGGAAGGCGUCAUCACCAGAGACAUCCAUCGCACCUUCCCUGCUCACGACUACUUCAAAGACUCGGGAGGCGAUGGCCAAGAUUCUCUAUACAAGAUCUGCAAGGCUUACUCUGUGUAUGAUGAGGAGAUUGGUUAUUGCCAAGGUCAAUCCUUUUUGGCCGCCGUAUUACUUUUACAUAUGCCCGAGGAGCAAGCUUUCUGCGUGCUGGUGAAGAUCAUGUACAACUAUGGUCUCCGAGAGCUCUACAAAAACAACUUUGAAGAUCUUCACUGCAAGUUCUACCAGCUGGAGCGUCUGCUGCAGGAGCAGUUGCCGGACCUUUGGUCUCGCUUCCAGGACCUGAACCUGGAAGCCCAUAUGUACGCGUCCCAGUGGUUCUUAACACUGUUUACCGCCAAGUUCCCUCUCUGCAUGGUCUUCCAUAUCACCGACCUGCUCCUGUGCGAGGGGUUGAACAUCAUCUUCAAUGUGGCGCUGGCUCUUCUGAAGACCUCCAAGGAAGAUCUGCUGCAGGCCGACUUUGAGGGUGCGCUGAAAUUUUUCCGGGUCCAGCUCCCGAAACGCUAUAGGGCGGCAGAGAAUGCCCGGCGCCUUAUGGAGCAGGCCUGCAAUAUCAAGGUGCCGACAAAGAAGCUGAAGAAGUUUGAGAAGGAGUAUCAGUCUCUGAAAGAGAGCCAGCUGCAGCAGGAAGACCCAAUAGACAGAUAUCAGUUCAGGACUGUGUAGCGGGCUGCACUGGAAACCACAGACGCUGUACGUCGCAGGGAAAGAGCUAAACACUCGCCAAACAUUCGCAUUGUAGAUUCUAGUUUUGUACACCAAAUAUUUUUAAUUUAUUUUUUGAGCAUUUAAAUGAAGGAAAAAGUGACAUAUUUUUUUAUUUAAGUGCCUUGUUUAUUUUUUUAUCAUACAUUUAAAAAAAAAGGCUGUCACAUAGCUUUUGUGUUUUUGUUGGCACAUUUAAGUCUCAUGUUUACAGUAACUCAAAUGUUUAAAAGGCAAAAAAACAUGCUUUUUUAUUUAAAUUGAUCGCAUUUAUUUGAAUGUAUUACUUUUUUAAGCUUAUAUUCUUCACAUGAAAAGAAAUAAUAUGUGUAAUCCUAA